CUCAGGCCUGUCUCUUGCAGGGCGUGUGAAAUGAACAAUUUCAGAGAGACCACCAGUGAGGAAACCACCAUUAACUCACUUGGACCCAUAUACAGGCCGAGUCUGCUGCAUAUAGUGGGCUUUGAAAUUCAACACAAGUAUGGGUGGAGAAAAGCUGGUGGCUUGCAUGUUGGUCACUGUGUUAAGUCUGACACUAAUGAGGUCAGUUUAUGGUCAGCACAUGCCAGAAGAAGCGUGCUCGGUCCAGAUCCUCAUCCCUGGACUCAAAGGUGAACCAGGAGAGAAAGGAGAGAAAGGAGCACCUGGAAGACCUGGGAAAGUAGGGCCACCUGGAGAGCCAGGUCCCCUCGGAGACAAAGGCCAAAAAGGUAGCACUGGACAUCACGGGAAGAUGGGUCCCGCUGGACUCAAAGGUAUAAAAGGUGAUAUGGGAGAUCCAGGACCCAAGGGCCCAAAUGGAGAGCCAGGCGUCCCCUGUGAGUGCGCACCCUUACGGAAAAUGAUUGGUGAAAUGGAUAUUCAAGUGGCGCAAUUAACCAAUGAGCUGAAGUUCAUUAAAAAUGCCCUGCCCUCCCCCGCAGCUGUCGCCGGCAUCAAAGAGACAGACAGCAAGGUCUAUCUGCUGGUGAAGGAGGAAAAACGCUACAGGGACGCGGAGGUGUUUUGUCAGGGGCGAGGUGGACACCUGGCUAUGCCCAAAGACGCGGCGGCUAACAGAGCCAUCGCUGGCUACGUCACUGAAGCUGGCCUCAGUAGAGUGUAUAUCGGCAUUAAUGACCUGGAGCGAGAAGGCCACUUUGUGUAUGUGGAGCGCUCGCCCAUGACUACUUUCAGCAAGUGGAGGGAGGGCGAGCCAAACAAUGCUUACGAUGACGAGGAUUGCGUUGAGAUGGUGUCUUCAGGCGAGUGGAUUGAUGUGGCUUGCCAUCUCACUAUGUACUUUGUGUGUGAGUUUGACAAGGACAAAAUAUGAGCCUCACUGCCAAUCUAUGUCAUUUUAGACAUGUUUAAAAUACUCCGGCAUUAAAGAAGGCUGAAAUCGCAAUAAAAAGGUGACGUACUUCUACAUUUUGUCAUCUUUGGCAACGGUGACAGCAGUGUGACAUGCUAGGGGUCAUGUAAAACUGUUUAAAACAACAUUUAAUAUUAUUAUUAUUAUACACUGCAGUUCAAACAUUUACAUAACAGUCUUCUAGAGGUUAGAUUUUUUUUUUUUUAAUGGUCAAACAUGUUUUGAGGUUAUAAAUGUGAUAUGAAAUGCCCUAUGAAAUGCUUUUUGUCAUCCCAUCCCAUAGCAUCCCGUCCCAUCCCACCCCAUAUUGCUAAUAUCAUACAUAAUACAGUUAUUUGGUUUCUUGAGAAUGUACUUUUUUUUGUUCCUACUAACUGCUCCUAUUAAUUCUGUGUAAUGGUAGUAAAUAUGGUAAAUUAUUUCUAAAGCAUGAUAGAUAUUCGAAGGAUUCAUUAUACUACAGUAUAUGUACUUUAUGUGACCUUAGUAUUUUAAGUAAUUAAUCAAUAAAUAUUUGUAUAUCUUGAUC